GGCAGAAAGAGGAAGUGAAUGUUUCCGGUUCUCCUUCCUGCUUCAGCGGAGCCGCAGGAGCUGAAGGUGCGUCUCAUGUUGAAUAUGAGCUUUAAAGCAGGAGACUCAGCGACACACACGUGAUGCUUCCAGGUGAGAUGAGGGACCGACUGUGCGAGCUGCAGACUCACACCUUCGGGCCUGCAGAGGAGCAGCGCAGGCCGGAGGAGGACCAGCAGCACACCGAGGAGGACGAGGAGCAUCACGUGGUGGUGUUCGAGGGAGAGGACGUGAUGGACGACAUCUACAAAGAGGCGCAGGCCAUGAGGAAGGAGAUGCUGCUGCUCAAACUGGAUGUGAAGCGGCUCGGGAAGCAGAACAGCAGGUUCCUCACGUCCGUCCGGAGGAUCAGCAGCAUCAAGCGGGACUCCAAUGCACUCGGGCGGGGCAUCAAGGCCAGAGGAGAAGCUGUCUACGCCCGGCUGGAGAAGCUGGGGAAGCUAAGCAAAGAGCUGGAGGAGGAGCACGGGCCCACGUCAGCCGUGGCUCGCAUGGUGCGCUCGCAGUGCAUCUCUCUGAACGGCGCCUUCCACGACGCCAUAUCUGAGUACAACGAGGCCGAGAUGAUCCAGAGGGAGAACUGCAAGACACGCAUCCAGAGGCAGGCGGAGAUCAUGGGCAAGGAGGUGAGCAGGGAGCAGAUCGACGAGAUGAUCGAGACGGGCAAGUGGAACGUCUUCUCCGAUAACCUCCUGCUGGAGGGGAGGUCGGCCCGGUCGGCGCUCAAUGAGAUGGAGAACCGGCACAAGGAGCUGCUGGAGCUGGAGGGCCGCAUCCGGGGCAUCCACGAGCUCUUCUCCCAGAUGGCCCAGCUGGUGGAGGAGCAGGGCUGCAUGCUGGACAACAUAGAAGCCAACGUGGGAGCGACUCAGGACUACGUGCUCAAGGCCACGGGUCACAUCAAGAAGGCUGUGAAGUACCAGAAAGAUAAUCCCUGCAGGAAACUCUGCUGCUGCUGCUGCUGCUGCCAGUGAGGAGGUGUGUGUGCGUGUGUGAGAGAGUGUGUGUGUGUGUGUGUGUGUGAGAGAGAGUGUGUGUGUGUGUGUGAGAGAGUGUGUGUGUGUGUGUGU